GCAUCCUACUUGGAGAUAACCUUGUCAAGGCUAUUCAAUGUGCUGGACCUUGAGGAAGCAGCAACAGCAAUCAUUGUCCAUUUGGCUGACUUCGAUGAGGAAUGGGUCUUGAAGACAGCGGGCAGCCUCAACGAAGGAUUCACAAACGAAGUUGAGGAAGGAGACUUGCACGUCAUACACGCCCCGCGAGAGCUAUACCCUCUGAAGCAAGCCAAUCUAGAAGCCUUCAGCUUAUCCGGCUUUAAACAGAAAGAGCUCAAUGUCAAGUACACAAGAAGCGUUGACACAUCUGCCGAGCAAGCGUCCUACGUGUCUGACGGCAAAACGCAUCUUGGAGUGGUUCACCGUCGCUGGGUGCUAGUUGCCAAGAAAGACCUUGAAGCGGCUCAGCGAGGAGAUUGCAAAGCCAUCGCACGAGCACCAGAAGAGCUGGAAGUGCUGGAUGAAAGUGUCCGAGGAUGGGAGGAGAACUUGGAUGGCAAGUGGGCGCCGGCCACAGGCGCAAAGGUUUCAGAGUUGGUGUUCGAGAAGGGCGUUCUGCUAAAGUUCGGAGACAGCGCAAAGAGAACCUGGUGGAGGACCAAGCAGAAUCUGGACUACACGUUCCUCAUGUGGUAUGCCUCUAACAUGUCGGACUACUACAUGCAGUUGGAGGAUGAUGUCCAUCCUGUGCCACAUUUUGCUGCUUUCGUACGCAGUGCUCUGGAAAGAACCCUCAUGGGCAAACCUUGGGUCAUGGCAGCCUUCUCAAACCUGGGCUUCAUAGGGAAGGUCUUCAACAACUCUCACCUUCCUAGCUUGGCGCAGUUUCUGCUUACCUACAGCGCUGAAGCUCCAUGUGAUUGGCUAGUGUGGGUUUGGAUCGAUGCUUGGAGCCCAACACCA